CGUUCUAUAUAAACGCGUGGCGCAGCUGAAAAUUCAGAACUCAGGAUUGUUUGUGCUUUCGCAGUGUCGGAACCAGGCAGUUCAGAUUCGGAAAAAAUAUUUCUAGAACCUUUUCUAGUUUUUCUUAUUUUGUAACGUACUUCAAGAAGCAACAAAUCAAGUGACAAGAUGGCAACCGUCCGCCAGAACUACAAUGAGGAGAGCGAGGCCGGCGUCAACAAGCAGAUCAACCUAGAGCUGUACGCCUCCUACGUGUACAUGUCUAUGGCCUACCACUUUGACAACACCACUGUGGCCCUGCCUGGCGCCCACAAGUACUUCAAGAAGGCUUCUGACGAGGAGCGCGAACACGCCAUGAAGCUGAUGAAGUUCCAGAACCAGCGCGGCGGCACCAUCGUCCUGCAGGACAUCAAGCGCCCCGAGAACGACUCCUGGGGCACCCUGAAGGACGCCGUGACUGCAGCCUUGGCCCUGGAGAAGAAAGUCAACCAGGCUCUGCUGGAUCUGCACAAGGUGGCUGACAAGCAUGGAGAUGCCCAGAUGUGCGACUGGAUCGAGAACCACUACUUGACCGAGCAAGUGGAGGCCAUCAAGGAGCUGGGCGAUCACCUGACUCAGCUGAACCGCGUCGGGGCCGGCCUGGGAGAGUACAUGUACGACAAGGAGAACUUCCAGGAGGACUAGAUCUAGCGGCUGGUUCCCAAGGCUAGCGCGGUUAGCUGACUACAGUGGAUUCCGCUGACUAGACCAUCAUUUGCGAUCCGCUGACGAAAGGAUCAACUCAUUGGCUUGUUGAUUGGUAGUGGUGGAUGGGUUCAAAAUGAUCACUGGUCGACUUCUGAAGAUUUCCAAUGCUCAGUUGAACAAUCCCAGUGGUCUUUUUGCAUCAUCCACAGUGCCAUCAACACGCCAAAUCAGUUGAUUUCUUCAACGUGGCUAACCGGUCCGCUACGAUAUAACCACCUAAAGACAGAGGCAUAGUUUAUAAUAAUGUAUCUACAAAAAAUCUUGUCCUUCUUGUAAUUCGGCAUACCAUUUGCAUACCAAAUACCAAACAAACCUCAUCCUGAUCCGAGUAUUAUUCCAGUACACGUAAAGCAAAAAUAAAAAUCCUUGAGCAUAUCCCGCCAUUGUGAGCAUUGUUGAUCUCCUUUGAAAUCCCAGUACUUUGGUAAAACAUAAGAGUUCUUCUACUUAUUCUUCUUCCAAAUAUCCAGUCUUAUUCUGUCCUUAAUUCAUGUAGUUUACUGCCUCUCGUCACUUGAAUGUUUAGCUUAAAAAAAAA